UAAUCCCACUGAGCAGAAUAUGGAGGUACUUAUGGGAGAACGGGCUGAUCUGGUCUUUCACAAUAAAGUAAUCGGUGGAACUGCCAUUAAGCGACUUAUUAGUAGAUUAAUAGAUCACUUCGGAAUGGCAUAUACAUCACAUAUACUGGAUCAAGUAAAAACUUUGGGGUUCCGGCAAGCUACUGUUACAUCCAUUUCCUUAGGGGUCGACGAUCUUUUAACCAUACCGUCUAAGGGGUGGCUUGUUCAAGAUGCUGAACAACAAAGUUUUAUUUUGGAAAAAAAGGAGGAAUCCGCCCGAGGAGGGGCUCGCAAUGAAAUAAUGCCAGAAAGAAUUUUGAUACAAACAUUAAUUGGUCGUGUAUUAGCAGACAAUAUAUAUAUAGGUUCGCGAUGUAUUGCCAUUCGAAAUCAAGAUAUUGGGAUUGGACUAAUCAAUCGUUUAAUAAAUUUUCAAACACAAUCAAUAUCUAUUCGAACCCCUUUUACUUGUAGGAAUACAUCUUGGAUCUGUCGAUCUUGUCGCG